CCUUUUAAAUAUGUCCCACGUGAUCUGUGCAAAGCUCUUUUCGUGAAUGAGCUGAUACAACUUUAAAUACGACUUAACUUUUAUCAGGGUGAGCGUCUCAAGUGUUGUUCCCACGCGGAGUCGGCAGAGAGCAGCAAGCGCUCCCUCCUCCCUCCUCCCUCCGCCUGCUUCAUGUGACGCUGAUCCGUCACAGCGGUUGACAAGGACCGCCAAGGCUGGAACACUUCUUGGAUUUUUUAUUAUUCACUUGAUAACAUGUCUCUGUACCGGAAUGCCGUCUGGUUUCUGAAUGGAAUCCACCAAUAUACAAGGAAAGGAUAUGAGGCAGCAUUAAAAGACUUCGAGCCCCAAGACCUGGAUGUGUCCCUGGUGGGACGGUCCUUCAUGAUCACCGGAGCCAACAGUGGGAUUGGCCGGGCAACAGCCAUGGCUAUAGCCCAGAAAGGUGGGACCGUCCACAUGGUGUGCAGGAACAAAGAUAAAGCAGAAGAGGCCAGGGCGGACAUUGUCAGUGAGUCUGGCAACACGGAGGUACACGUCCACAUUGUGGACAUGUCAGAGACACACAAAGUCUGGGAGUUCGCAGAGGCCUUCAAGAGGCAGUAUCCAGCCUUGAACGUGUUGAUAAAUAGCGCAGGGUGCAUGGUGCACAAGAGAGAGGUGAACGCUGAGGGCCUGGAGAAGAACUUUGCCACCAACACUAUGGGGGUGUUCAUCCUCACGCAGACUCUCAUACCACUUCUACAGAAGAGCCGGGAUCCAAGGGUGAUCACUGUGUCCUCAGGAGGCAUGCUGGUCCACAAACUCAGAGUCGACGACUUGCAGUCAGAGAAGGACUACUUUGAUGGCGUCAUGGUCUAUGCCCAGAACAAGAGACAGCAGGUGGUGCUGACACAACAGUGGGCCCAAGCUAACCCAGACAUUCACUUUUCUGCGAUGCACCCAGGCUGGGUAGAUACUGCAGCCGUUUCUACAUCAAUGCCUCAGUUCCACCAGAUGAUGGGGGAGCGGCUGCGCAGUGUGGAGCAAGGAGCCGACACCGUUGUGUGGUUGGCCUCGUCUCGAGCUGCUGCCAGAACACGUAGCGGGCAGUUCUUCCAAGAUCGUACGCCCGUUCCGGCCCACCUGCCUCUGGCCUGGACUCACAGCUCUGCUGAAGAUAUUCAGGUGUUCAUGACUCAGAUGGAGAAUUUGGGCCGAUCCUUCACUGAAAACCUGAUGUAGAGCUUCACCUUCCAGACCUUAACUCGUCUGAAUAUUCUGAUACAAAUGUUACACAUGUAACUGAGCCAUUAAAGCAUUAGUUGCAAUAAUAAAAAAAAUCUCAUGUUUGUCUAUUGAA